AUGCUAUUAGAAGCCCAAAAGUUAAGUGAAGAAGGAGAAACGGUUUUUAUUGAUACUUAUUAUGAUAAAUUAUUAUAUUAUUAUAUUGAUAAGUAUUGUAUGCGUUGGCUAAUUUCACCUUCGGACCGAUAUUUUCCGGCUAUGAAGCAAAUUGCCGAAAUCGAUAAGGAUGUUCUGCCCGAUGCGGAUGUGGUGGUUUUUUUCGAAAUUAAUCACCACGACUGGUUAGAGUUUUUAAAAGCACGAAGUCGUCCUACUGACCAGGACGAGGAUUUUAUGAAAAAUUUCGAAACCCAAAAAUUUCUCUUGGAAGCAACCCAAAAAUUAUGUGCUGAAAAAGGGAUAGAACUAAUUAUUUUUCCGCAAGACAAUUCUUCGAUUAAAGAUUCAGCGUUAAACUUAAAAAGCCUUUUAGAGGAUAAAUUAGCGAUGGGCGAAGACUGUUUAUCGGCUCUAAGACGAGAAGUUAAAGAAGAAACUAAUUUGGAAAUCAUAACCAUAAAUAAUUUAUUAAUCAAGUGGUUUAAUGUUUCGAUUUACCAAGUGGAAGCAAGGGGAGAACCAAAAGUUAUGGAACCUAACAAAUGGCCUAGCGGCAAGGCACCUGGUUUGGGACCAGGGGAUCUUAGGCGUUUAGAACCACGCGGAAUAAGCGAGGAACAAUUAUUAGUUAUUAAAGAAAAGUUAAUUAGACAAAAAGAACUAAUUGCCAAAGUUAAUAAUUUACGCUCAAAGCGAAACCAGUUAAGCCAGGAAGGUCAAAAAAACGCCGAACAAGUCAAGAAAAUUAAAGAGGGAAUUGCCUUAUAUGAAAAAGAGUUGAACGAUUUAGAAAAAGAGUUGAACGAGUUAACUAGUCAACUUCCUAAUCUUCCUGCCCUUGAUACUCCGACUAAUAAAGAGGGUAAUAGAAUCAUUGACAAAACAGAGUAUCAACAUGAUAUCAAACAUGAAUUAACUCACGAAGCAAUAUUAAAAAAGUUAGCGAUAAUUGACGAAGAAAAAAGCCUACUUCUUUCCGGCAGUAAAUUUGCGGUUUAUCAAGGCUUCGGUAGUCACUUAUUACAUGCCCUAAUUAAUUUCAUGCGGUUCGAAAAUAGCAAACGCGGUUAUCGUUUAUUCGAUACUCCUUAUUUAGUCCAGGCUGGUAAUCUCUAUAAUACCGGACAAUUCCACAAAUUUCAAGAUAAUCUUUAUAAAUUGGAGGAGAACAAUUUUUACCUACUUCCCACCGCUGAAGUAAGUUUGGUUAAUCUUUAUCAGAAGCAAAUAUUAACCGAAGGAGACUUGCCUUUGAAUUUAUGUGCUUAUAGUCCUUGUUUUCGAGCCGAAAGAAUGGCCGCCGGGCAAGAAAAUAAAGGUUUAAUUCGUUUACACCAAUUUCAUAAAGUAGAAUUAGUCAAAAUAGUUAAACCCGAAAAUUCUUAUGCGGAAUUAGAAAAAUUAUUAGCCGAUGCCCGCCAUAUUCUCCACUUGUUAAAAAUUCCCCACCGAGUAAUUGAACUUUGUCAUAAGGAAUUAGGAUUUACCGCCGCUAAAACUUAUGACAUUGAAGUUUGA